AUGGGGACGACUUUGGGGAAGCCAUUCGCCGGUUUUUUUCAAGAAAACGAACCGAGAAUCGUGUUGUUCGGUCUCGACGGUACCGGAAAAUCAUCAAUAAUGCACAAACUCAAAACUGGUGAAACCUUAACCACAAACAUGCCUACCAUUGGAUUCGAGAUGGAAAGCGUGAAAUACAAGGAUUUAACCUUGAGCUUUUGGGAAAUUAGCGGUCAACAGCGUUACAAGUUGAUUCCAUUAUGGAAACAUUACUUCCUAGAAGUAUUAGGACUUGUGCUUGUAGUUGAUAGCACGGACAGAGAUCGAGUAGAAGAGACGAAGGAUUUUCUUAAAAUGGUGAUUGAUGAGAUACAAGGGAAUGUACCGGACAAUGUGGCUGUUCUUGUAUAUGGAAACAAGCACGAGGUUCCUGGUGCUAUGUCUGCUUCUGAGAUCAGUAACAAGCUUGAUCUCGUUUCUCUUCGUCAAAGAAACUGGCAUGUCCAGAGCUCAUGUGCAUUAUGUGGUGACGGUUUACAUGAAGGACUUGACUGGCUCUUGAAACAGAAGAACAUUGGAGGAAUGUAA